GCCAUCCGCAGGACUACACGAGUCAAGUCCGACCAUCUUCAGUGAGCUCGCGACUGGAAAUCUCAGCUAAGACCAGUGGAACGGGCGGGAGGAGGAGAAACAGAAAGGAAGCCUGCAGAGAAGCAAAAGGAGAUUAAGCUCAGCCAAAAUGGAGGCGACAUUGAAUUUCGAGGAGAAGGAUUGGUUAGCAUGUUGCGGCAGCACUAAAUUCGCCAAGGAAAUGGCGUCCGCGUCGCCCUUCUCAUCGCUCGAUCAGGCCGUUUCUGCAGCCAGAGAUAUCUGGUUCAACAAGGUAGAUGUUAAUGGUUGGCUCGAAGCUUUCGCCGCUCAUCCUCAGAUUGGCCAGUCCUCCGCCCCCGCUGCCGCUUCUCAUGCCGCUUCUGAAUGGAGUAAGGGAGAGCAAUCAACAGCGAUAUCCACUGCAUCUACUUCCAUCUUGCAGGAACUAGCUGAUUGGAAUGCUCGGUACAGGCAAAAAUUUGGGUUCAUUUUUCUUAUAUUUGCAUCUGGGCGUAGUUCUGGUGAAAUACUUGUGGAGCUGAAGAAACGUUAUGAAAACCGGCCUAUAGUUGAGUUUGAGAUUGCAGCGCAAGAGCAAAUGAAAGUAACAGAACUACGACUUGCAAAGCUCUUCGCCACCAGAACAAGAUCUGCUGCAACAGAAGACCGUGUGAGCAUCAUUGGAGGGCAUUUUACUCCGACUCCCGAAGCUUCAUCUGGAAAGCCUUCUCAAGAAGUACCAACUCGAACUCGUCCACCAAUUACAACACAUAUAUUGGAUGUUUCAAGAGGGUCUCCAGCUGCUGGAGUUGAGGUGCUAUUGGAAAUGUGGCAAGGUGCUCAACCUCGUCCAUCAUUUGGCGAGAGAGGAGAUGUAGGCGGCUGGGUGUAUCAGGGAUCCUCGAAGACCAACACCGAUGGUAGGUCUGGGCAACUGACGAGCAUAGUUGAUGCGGUCAAACCUGGAAUAUACAGAAUAAGUUUCAACACGGGGGAGUACAGUCCAUCUGGGUUCUUCCCCUAUGUGUCUAUUGUGUUUGAAAUCAGGGAGUCACAGAAGUUGGAGCACUUCCAUGUUCCUUUGCUCGUUUCGCCAUUCUCGUUCUCUACCUAUCGAGGGAGCUAGAGCUAGAGGGUUCAUUGACUCCCAUUAUGCUUCUGGUAGUGCAGGUCAUAUGGAAGGGCUGGGUUUAUGUAAAACUAGUGCUGAGAUUUGUAGAGAAUAAGCCAGCUUUUGUGUGAGUGGUUUCUCCUAGUUCUGCUUUUUGUAAACCGACUUUCUGGUUUGUACUGGUCCAUGUAUCACUAUAUCAGUAAUACUGCUGCUGCUUAAAAGUUAAAUAUUGCUCCGGUGAGAAAAAGCCAACGACAAGCGCCGGUUCUUUUUCUGUUGAUAAAUUUAGUACCAAAAC